AUGGAAGCUUUGGAAACGAGAGGAAAAGUUUUGGCCCUGACGGCGAUUGUAUUCAUAGCUUUUUGGUCACAAUGUAAAGGUGUUGAAGGCAAGAAUUCCACAAGAAUGUCGUAUAUCUGUCCGCCAAUGUUCAUCAGAUUGGGUCAUAGCUGCUAUUUCUUCAGCGAAAACAAAGCUACUUGGCAGAACGCACUGUUCACGUGCAAGAAGAUGUCUUGCAAGAAGCUGCCAUAUCAACCUUCUAGAAACGUCGUGUAA